CCACUCAUAUCAGAUCAAAACAAUACGAGUGUGCUUUCAGUCGAGUUGGCCAGGUGUUAAACCAAAACAAAGCAGUCAAAUAGAAAGAAAAACUCAAGAUUUCACAUAAGUUUCGUUGGAUUUUCAUCGGUUUGCUUCUAGUAGUCGGUUUUCAAGAUCUACAAGUGUUUUUUGGUAGUGUGGGUGCCAUUCAACACCGAAUCUCUUACGUGUCCCCCCCAAGAAUUUAUCAGCUUUUCUCCGUUGCAGGGGUGGUAAUGUGAGCCACCUCCCGCUGUUUAAUAACAAACACCUUCUUUUAAAAGUUUCCCAAAAGUGCCAAACCUGGCUACUGAAAUCAGAUACAGGAUUGGUAUGAGACUAAUCUUAAAGAAGUUUAUCAUUCACACAUCCUCCGACCAUUUUUCAGAGCAAUUUUCCAAAAUUUUUCUUUAGUUGUCCUCGUUUUAUUUCCGUUGUUAUCAACACUAAGUGAAUUUAGUUGAAAAAGCCACAAUACGCGCUGUGUAUGAACUACUCUUGCUGUUCCGAAGCAGAUAGUGUAGAUUCGGGGGCUUCCACUCGAAAACGGCCGUGUUCCUACGAUAUUAUUCAACAACAACCGCUCAGAAUGGAAUCAGAAAAUUCUACGAAAAUGGAACAGUUUACUGACAUCAAAGGAGCCCAAUCCAGACCUGCCCCUAAAAAGGGGCUGCUGGGGCAGUUCGGCCCUCUCCUGGUGUCCAUGGUAGGACUACCAGGGCGUGGAAAAAGUCUCUUAGCGAAGCGAUUGUGCCGUUAUUUGAAUUAUACCGGGGACUGUUGCAAAGUAUACGAUAUCUCCGACUAUCGACGCAAGCACAUCAAAGAGUAUGCGUCGCACGAGAUGUUCCGCGCAGACAAUUUGCCAGCGUGGCGCAUCCGUCAGCAGAGUUUCCGUGAGGCUCUGGAGGAAGCAUGCGAUUGGCUGGGCAAAACCGGCCACCAAGUGGCCAUCCUCGAUGGACCCAACGUCUCACGCGCCCAACGACAAGAGAUUUACGAUCUGGCUCACGGCCAAUUGGGGUUCAGGGUGAUGUUUAUCGAGUGCGUAUGCGAGGAUCCCGUAUUGCUGGAAAGAAACUUCAAGGAAAUUCUGCAGUACAGUGCCGAUUACAGAGACAUGGCAACUGAAGAGGCGUUGAAAGAUCUCACGUUCAAGAUGGCUCAUUACAAGGCCCAGUAUGAGUCGCCCACCUUGGGCAGCUUAUGGGAACUGUCCUGUCCCAUGGUCAAACUUCUGGACGGAGGCGAUGGCGGCGUGAUUGCUCAUGGAGUAACCGGAGUGCGCGAGAGCAAGAUUCUGGCCUACAUUUCCAUGCCGAAGCCAUAUCAGCAGACUCUAUAUUUUAGUAGGCAUGGAGAAAGUGAGUUUAAUGUAAUCGGGCGCAUUGGAGGCGACGCCGUUCUCUCUCCCAGGGGAAGAAUGUACGCCAAAUCCCUAGCUAAGCACAUACAAGCUCUAAACCUCCCUGCUCUACAAGUAUGGACCUCCACCUUGCAAAGAACCAAAGCAACCAGCGCGCUCAUCAAUGCUCCCAAGCAACAUUUGCCCGAAUUGGAUGAGAUUUGGUCGGGUGAAUGCGAAAAUCUCUCGUACGAAGAACUGCAAGAGCUUUUCCCAAAGGAACUGGCGUUGAGAGACAAGGAAAAGUUGAAAUACCGUUAUCCACAGGGCGAAUCCUACGUGGAUGUUAUGCAGCGCUUAGUUCCAGUUUUGAACCAACUUGAAUGCGAAACCAACGUACUAACAGUCAGUCAUCAAGCUGUUUUGCGCUGCAUUCUUGGAUACUUCAUGGAAACCGAUCCAGAGGAGAUCCCCUACAUGCAUGUGCCUUUACAUACCAUCAUUAAGAUCACUCUGCAAGGGUACAACUACAACAUGGAAACCAUCAAAAUGCCGAUAGAAUGCGUGGAUACCACAAGGGCAAAACCGAUCAAUUGUUCGGAAACUCGUACCACUGAAGACGCUCUUUUGACUCUGCCUGCUCACUUCGAUUCAGUGGCGAGUCUCGCUAGCAACCUCACAACUUGUACUUAGCUGACAGAUUUAGAGAAGUUGGACAGUCAGUCACAGUAGAGAGCUGCAUUGAGGCAAUGAAAGUAGAGGAUUAGAGUACCUGUCCAACGAAAGUCAACAUGUUUACUGCAAACGUAAUCAGUUUUCGCGCUUCGGAGUGUGUUUAAUCGAUUAAUACCUAAUUCUUUACCGAAUAGAAACCCAUAGCUUCAUUACAGCAAUAGCACACUUUGCCAUUCUACUUCCCAAAGAAAAUAUUAGUUUUGCAAUUAACAGCCUUAAAACAUCUUCAAACACAUGUAAACAUAUCCCUGUCCCCAAGAAAAUAUCUUUGAUACUUUGAACUAUAUUUUAAAGUGAGCAAAACAAGUAACUUCGAAUGGGUAUUUUGCUGGAUAAAUUCCGAGCAGAUGUUUAAUUGUUAAUUUGAAACUCAUUUGCAAACCAUGAAUAUUUAGUUUAAAAAACUGCUGGUAAUUUGCUGAUAUAAACUUGUUUUGAACAAAAUACGUCCAAAGUAUGGAUAUUAUUCUCACUACGUUUUCCUUUGUUAUAUUUUAAUUUCCAUCAGACAAACAACUUUGGGAUUGGUUUUUUUUAUUCAAAACCCUUAGCUUCACUCUUGAUUGGCUAAUAUUUAGCUGCAAACCCUUGUGUACACUCAAAAAGCAAACUUGCGCCUAUUUUUUAAGCUUGUUUUAUUCGAUUUGAGGGGGGGAAAACCGGUUUAAUAUAUUCAAUUAAAACGGGAAACAUUUUAAUCCAAUAAGCAUGUAAUCUUUAGAAUAUAAAUACUUUGACUGACUUAAAUGUCAAUUAUUCUCGAUGUUUUUAUUUUAUAACUACUAUUCUGGAUCCUUACAAAUUACUAUUGUUCUUUAUUUCUGUUAAUUUUAAGUUUUUGAUCACAUUAAUUUUCUGUGUGUGCUUAGAAAAUUUGCGAUAUCUUAACGCUGGAAGUAAGAUCCUACGUAUAUGCUCGCAUGUUUUUAAAGAUAUUACAUCUAUUUUAACUAAACAACUUUUCCUAGUCACCGAAACCGAUAAGUUUCCUUCGAAUAUUAGUGUUUUCGGCAACUCUGAUAAUUAUUUUAAGCAUUUUGGCUGUUUUAAUUGAUUUCAUAAUAAUGAUCAUAUACCUUGGAUAAUGCGAUUCGCAAAUAAAAUCGAGCUAAAAUUUAACUUUUUGUAAUUUUUUUAUAUUUUUUAAUUUGAUUUCAGCCUAUUAGGAUUGCGAUUAGUAACAACUUAGAUGGGUGAAAUUGCAUGUGUCGCUUUAGGGUAGUAUUAACUGUGAUUUUCUCAAAUUAUGUAAUAUGUUUAGCAUUUUUUAUUUUCCCAGAGUGAAAAGCAAUUUUUAUUUGUUUGUUUAUCGAAGAGAUUGCGUAGUUGUGUAUUCUGUUCUAAGAAUAAAGAAAUAUAUACAGUUGAAAA